ACGGCAUCCAACACAAUGACCCUGAAUGGCGGCAGCGGAGCAGGAGGGAGCCGUGGCGCGGGCAGGGAGCGUGACCGCCGUCGAGGCAGCACACCCUGGGGCCCGGCACCCCCACUGCACCGCAGGAGCAUGCCGGUGGAUGAGCGAGACCUUCAGGCUGCCAUAGCCCCAGGCUCCCUAGCAGCAACUGCAGCGGGAACUCGGACACAGGGGCAGAGGCUAGACUGGCCCGAAGGUUCCUCCGACUCGCUCAGUUCAGGAGGCAGCAGCUCAGAGGAGGGCGUUUACAAGGUGCUGCUGCUUGGGGCACCUGGUGUGGGCAAGAGCGCUCUAGCUCGCAUCUUUGGUGGUAUAGAGGACGGGCCUGAUGCAGAAGCUGCAGGGCACACAUAUGAUCGUUCUAUUACUGUGGAUGGAGAAGAGGCAUCACUCAUGGUCUAUGACAUUUGGGAACAGGAUGGGAGCUGUUGGCUGCCUGGCCACUGCAUGGCCAUGGGAGACGCAUACGUCAUUGUGUACUCAAUAACAGACAAGGGCAGCUUUGAGAAAGCAUCCGAACUUCGGGUCCAGCUACGGCGGGCACGACAAACAGACAAUGUGCCCAUCAUCCUCGUGGGCAACAAAAGUGACCUGGUGCGCUCUCGUGAAGUCUCUGUGGAUGAGGGCCGGGCUUGCGCAGUGGUCUUCGACUGCAAGUUCAUCGAGACAUCAGCAGCACUGCAUCACAAUGUCCAGGCACUGUUUGAGGGUGUUGUGCGCCAGAUACGCCUGCGAAGGGACAGCAAAGAGGAUAAUGCCCGGCGGCAAGCUGGUACUCGGCGACGCGAGAGCCUUGGCAAGAAGGCCAAACGCUUUCUGGGCCGCAUUGUAGCUCGAAACAGCCGCAAGAUGGCCUUUCGUGCCAAGUCCAAGUCCUGCCAUGACCUCUCUGUUCUCUAAGGCCCAAGUGCAUGGGUAGAGGGGCUGGCCCAACCAACCACUCUUGAUGCCUCAGGGCCAACCCAUGCUCUG